AUGCAGAUGAUAAUGCACAAAACAAGGAAAACAAAUCUAAACAUUUGUUGGCUAAGCCAACGACAUACAAGUUGUUACAGGUGCAUCCUAGCUUGUGCUAAGAUGCCCGUUUUGUUUUUGAGGGAAUUAUUUGAGAGAAACACUUUGUUACUUCGAUCUGUUGAAGAUAAAAAUGAUGUUUGGGUUCAGAAAAUGAACCUGAAAAUCAAGCUACUUCUGUUGGCAGCAAAAUUUUUGUUUCGGCAUUUCUCGGCAGUUUUGUCUAAUUGUAGUAUUUCUCCGCGUCAAGGCUUUAAUGCGGCGCGUCUUGGUAAAGAACUAUUUCCAUUUCUUCGUAGAAAUCUGUUCGGUGCCUUGCACGGCAGCAGCUACUAUUUCCUCAACUUGAAGUGGAGAUUACUUUUAAUAUCAUCUUUUUGUUUAUAUGCUAAUACAUCGGCAUCGUUUUUAGCAGGUUUAACAUAA